AUGGGUUCCAUUUCGCAAAACGAGCAAAAGGUUGCGAUCGUUACCGGUGCCACGAGCGGCAUUGGUUCUUGGCUAGCAGCUCAUCUGCAUGCGAAGGGAUACUGCGUCGCGAUUUGCGGUCGGCGAGGGAGCGAAGGACACAAUGUUGCCUUAUCCAUUGACCCAAAAGGAGAGACAUCCAUCUUCGUCCAGUGCGACGUAAGCUCAUACGCCUCGCAAGUCGACCUCUUCAAGACUGUCUGGGAGAAGUGGGGUCGCCUUGAUGUUUUUAUCGCGAACGCUGGCUUUGUUGAUCGUGGUUCCGUGUUCAACUUCAAGAACCGUGAUGCAGGCAUCAAUGACCUGCCUGCGGAACCAGACACCAGUUGUACCGAUGUCGUGGUGAAGGGACGAAUAUAUGGCACAACGCUGGCGAUGCACUACAUGCGCAACAACCCAGGACAAAAGGGUGGUAAGAUCAUAACCACAGGAAGCAUGCUGGGUAUCUACCCAUGCCAGACAUUCCCAGAGUAUUGCGCGGCCGAAGCGGCGUCGGCCAUGUGGGCGAAGACGACUGGACCCGUUCUGGUGGUCAAGGAUAACAUCUCUGUCAACUCUGUGAUGUUGGGCCCGAUCGAGACUGAAGCUAUGCCUGGCUUCAGCAAAGCCUUCCACCCUGAGCACAUGAUGCUGAAGUCAACACUAUUCGCUGGUUACGACCUCUUUCUUGACGACAAGGACAACCAUAGAACGGGUCAAACCAUUGAAGUGGCGCACGACAAACUCGUGGACUGGGGUCAUCCAGGGUACAAAAGCGGAGCAUUCUCAAAGCGUUCGGAGGCUGUGUUCGAGCCAUGGUUCACUCUGGUGCAUGGAGAAAAGAGCGGGUUGCCUGGCACGCUCAAUGACUGGCCUGACCAAAGCAAGAAGAUCAUCGCUGUGACGGGUGCGACAGGAAGCCAAGGUGGUGGAGUGGUCAACAUCAUGAAGAAGACACCUGGAUGGAAGGUCAGGGCGAUCACCAGGAAUCCCGACAGCGAUGCGGCGAAGAAGCUCACCGCGGAGGGCAUCGAGGUUGUAAAGGCCGACUUUGAGGACGAGGCGUCGCUGCGGGCUGCCUUUGACGGUACGCAUGCCGUAUUUGCUGUCACUAAUUGGUGGGAAUCGCUCUUUCAGGGAAAAAGCCAGCAUGAGUCCGGCGAGAUCGAAGAGCGACAUGGCAUGAACCUCGCUCGAGCUGCUGCCGCCACUCGUACUGUAGAACACUACAUCUGGUCAACAACCCCAAGUGCCAAGCGCCGGUUCUGGGGUAAGAUUGAAGCACCACACAUGGACUACAAAGCCAAUGUCGACGCACGCAUCAAAGCGGAGUUGCCUGAGCUUGCUGCUAUUACUACUUACUUGUACUUCGGAUACUAUCCCCAGAACAUGGCUUUCUUCCCAUUAUGCAAGCCAAUCGAAUAUCCCGGCACUGGUCAGUACAUCCAGACGUUGCCCACCAAAGCGGACGCCAAAGUGCUCAUAGCCGGCGACAUGACUGUCAACCCCGGUAUCUGGGUCCGUCAAGUCCUUGCCACUGGCGACAAGGCCUACGGCAGAUAUGCCAACGUCGCGCUGGAAAAGUUGACCUUCCAAGAGAUGGUCGAUGUAUGGUCGGAAGUGACUGGUAAGAGCUGUGUCUUUGCCGAAGUCAGUAUGGAGACCGUAACGAAGCUUUACGGUGACAUGGGCAACGAAUUAGCGAAGCAGUUCAAGUAUGGAGAGGCGUGCGACCCGUGGGCGGUCACCGAAGAGUUCAUCAGUCCGGAAGACCUGGGUAUCGAUCCUGGGGAAGUUGUCGGAUUCAAGGGGACGAUCGAAGGCCUCAACGCAGCCGGGUUCUGGGCUUAA